AGCGCGGUGACGUCAUCGAAACCCGGAAGUGAAGCGCUACAGUUACAGUCAAAGCGAAAUAGCUACGUGCAGCAAGCAAAGAGAAAUUAUGUUAUCAUCAACAUCAACUUUAUCAUCCAUGGAUCAAAUGCGGUCUACAAGCAGCCUGCUCAGAUAUCUGGAUGGCGAUUACUGGGAAAUUAAAGAUGUAUUACGCGAAGCGAUAUCAAAAUGUGAACUGUUUCACUGCAGCAGUUAUGAACUGACUCUGGAUCAGCAUAGAGACCUGACUGCAGAUAGACUACGUCAUAUCCUCAGACUGCCACUGAUGAAGGAACACCUUAAAAAUCAAGUAAAGGAGAAACAAAAAGGUUUCAUAGCUAAGAGUUUGAGCAUGACAGAGCUCAUCUGCUCAGCUGACCUGGCUACAGGAGUCAAGAUCGGUGUCGUGUGUGGAUUGUAUGGAGGUGCUGUCAACAAUUUAGGGAGUUCAGAGCAGAAGGAGAAAUGGUAUCUCCCUGUUUCAGAAUUAGAAUUUACAGGCAUGUUUGCCAUGACUGAGAGAGGUCACGGUAGCAACGUACGAGGCAUUCUUACUGAAGCCCGAUACGACCAAUCCACACAGGAGUUUAUAAUCAACACUCCCUCUGAAGAUGCUCAGAAAAUGUACAUUGGAAAUGCAACGAAAGGACACGUCUCUGCUGUAUUCGCUCAACUCAUUAUAAAUGGAGAGUCGCAGGGCCCUCACUGUUUUAUUGUACCAAUCCGUGAUCAGAAUGGAGUCACAAGGCCAGGAGUGACUGUGAUUGACAUGAAACACAAGGAAGGUCUGAACGGGGUUGACAAUGGCAUUUUGAUAUUUGAUAACGUACGGAUACCACGGGAAAAUCUGCUGAGCAAGUUUGGUUAUGUAGCAGCUAAUGGCGUGUACACAUCUCCAAUCCCGAGUAAAGGCAGUCGCUUUAAUGCUAUGUUAGCUGCACUGACGCCAACCCGCCUCUGUCUUACUGUUCAGGCCAUGGCCGCCAUGAAGCUUGGUCUCAUCAUAGCCGUACGCUACAGUCACAGUCGCAGGCAGUUUGGUCCAAGGCAUCAGGAUGAGGUGAAGAUCAUAGAGCACCAGACGCAGUAUCUAAGAUUGAUGCCACACUUGGCUGCCUCCCUUGCGCUCACGUUCACUACCAGAUAUGCUGCUGAUCUAAUGGAUGAUGCAUUGUAUCAGGGGCAAGACCUUCAAAGCAAUCGCGCUCUACAGGCGCUUGUCGCGGGACUCAAAGCGUACAGCACGUGGCAGAACAUCACGUGUCUGCAAGACUGCCGUGAAUGUACCGGCGGCAUGGGUUUUAUGAUGGAAAACCGAAUACCGUCUCUAAAGUGCGAUUCUGACGUCUUUGUCACAUUUGAGGGGGACAACAUGGUCAUGCUGCAGGUGGUGGUACGAGAGCUGUUGGCUCAGUACACCAAACAGAUGGGAAACAACUUGGUUAUGGGACUGAUCAGAAACUGGACCAGCUCAGCCACAGACAGAAUCAGAACCAGCUCUCUUGGCUUCAGUGUGGAUAAAGUAGGAGACCUAACGUUCCUUCUGAAGGCGGUGAGAUACAGAGAAAGGGUGUUACAGCGUAGUCUAGCAAGUCGACUUCACAGUAAGGUGGAGAAAAACAAAGAAGAGUUUUUCAUGGCUUGGAACGCUUGUCUUCAUCAUGUGACCACUUUAGCUAUGGCGCACAUACAUAGAGUGACCUUGGAGCAGUUUGCCCUGGCUGUUCAACAAUGCCACAUCAAAGAGGACCAUGCCUUGCUCACUAAGUUCUGCCUUCUUCACGGCACUAGUUUGGUGUACCAGGAGAGAGGGUGGUACCUGGAGCACAACUACCUGACCCCGAACACCAGCCGACAGAUCCGCAGCCAGCUUCUGGAGCUGUGCAGGUCAGUAAAAGAUGAUGCAGUGAAGGUGGUCGCAGACUUCAACAUCCCAUCCUGCUGCAUACAGGCCCCCAUCGCAGGAGUCGCCAACCCGAGGGCAGAAUGGGGUUUCUACGCACAGCCAGAGUGGCCCGGCAUCACCCAACCUCUAUCAAAGCUCUGAGCUAGUGUUUGGGUCACCAUCAGCACCGUGACGCUGCACUGGUCUCAAUCGAGUGAUGCUGGAAUUAAUGGGUCUGGAAUAAUUUGGAGUUAGAAAGUAAUAAUACUUAUUUUGUGAUAGAAGUAUCAUGCUUUGUGCCAAAAGAAACGGCUAUGGCAUGCUAAUGGAAAACCUUCUAAUGGCAAAAGUAUUUUGUGUAUGACAAAGGGAUGUUAGGUAGAGAUGCAUAUUUUGUCUUUAAUUUGAGUUAUAUCAUUCAUUUAUGCUUCUAAAACUUUAAAAUGGGAUGCAGGGAUCUCCAAUUAACACCUGCCAAACCUAAACGAAUACUAACCACUAAUCGACCCCAUCCCAAAUGACACACUUAAUAUAUUUAGUAUGGACCAAAUUUAUAAUAAUCGUAUUCAUCUUGUAUUUAUAUAUGUAUUAAUUUAACUUGAAUGAUGUCAUUAUUAAAAUGUGAUGCAA